AUGAUAGCCUGUGCCUUUGCCGCAUUAGGAAUUUAUGCUCCAAUAUUUUAUUUGGCGUACCAAGGCUAUAGAGAAGGUCUUGAAGAUAACGGAUUAGUCGUUCUGCAGACCUUUAUGGGCUUCGCCACUGCCUUGGGCUGUGUAGGAUUCGGUUUUGUUAUAAUAAAACCAAGUACGCAAUGUCUUAUAUCAAGACAGUAUUUAUGUCAAGCAGCUAUGGUAGGAAUGGGCACUUUUGAGUUACGGCUUAGUGCUAGGAAUUGGAGCAGGAGUAGUAAGAGAAACAUCUACCAUAGUACUGGGCCACUAUUUCAAGCGAAGAAGAGAAUUUGUAGAAAUGGUGGCGCAAUCGGGUGCUGGAGUGGGUAUAGCGCUAUUUUCUGUGCUUUUAAAGAAGCUGUAGGUAAACUUGGUUGGCGUCUUGGACUCCAAGCUGUAACCGGUCUUCUGGCUUUGGCCUUCUUUCUUCCCAUCGUGUACAGAUCGGCCAACCUUUAUCACCCUCAGAGACGAGCAAUUACGCAUCUUAAAAACCAGCGAAAGAAAAUGAAAGAGAAGAAAUCCCACACGAAAGUGCCCAAGCCGCCGAUGUUUGACUUUAGUCCCUUGAAGAGUAGAGGUCUUAGGGUACUUAUGAUAGCCUGUGCCUUUGCCGCAUUAGGAAUUUAUGCUCCAAUAUUUUAUUUGGCGUACCAAGGCUAUAGAGAAGGUCUUGAAGAUAACGGAUUAGUCGUUCUACAGACCUUUAUGGGCUUCGCCACUGCCUUGGGCUGUGUAGGAUUCGGUUUUGUUAUAAUAAAACCAAGUACGCAAUGUCUUAUAUCAAGACAGUAUUUAUGUCAAGCAGCUAUGGUAGGAAUGGGUAUCUCACUCCUGGCCCUUAGCGCAGUUCAGGGUUACCACGGUUACGUUCUUUUUGUUUGGCUCUACGGAAUCUGUUUGGGAGGAUACAACUAUGCCUUAAAGAUGUUUACCCUGGAACGAAUCAAGGGGAGACAUUUUACCAAAGCCUGGAGUUUUAUUCAGGGCGCUAAAUCGAUACCUGUUCUAGUAGGAAUCCCUAUCACGGGAUACAUAAACUUGACCUAUCCCCGUGCGGGGUAUUACUUUAGUUUCGUUACGACUAUUAUUGGCGCCAGUUUAAUGUUCCUGGUCGGCACCCGAAAAGAACACCAACCCAUAGUAAACAGCAAUUCGAACAAUUGCAAUCUAAACGCUUGCACCAUCGCCAACCUCAAUGAAUGCAUAUGUACCUUAGGCCCCUACAACCCAAUUUACACCCCAGACGUAAACCCGUACAACUUCUAUCGUCACGGAAGUAACCACUACGAGCGAAUAUUUCCCAGUUGCUCCGACCAUUGCGACAAAUCUCCGUUUCAUAGGCACUCGUUCCGGCACCGAAGAGAGCCGCACAUCCAGUACCUGCCGAAGAGCUUGAGUUACGCGGCCAACAUCAACCAUUCCCCUUAUUACAACCCCAAUGUGUGUAAUAAGCAAGAGUGCAUUCGGUAUGCUUCGCUUCCUAGAGUGAAAAAGGGUACGUUGAGACCUAGUAAAAGCGUGCCAGAGGGCCUGGCUAGGUGGGAAUAUUGUAGAGCUUAUAGGAGGCCAAUUAUUAGAAAUAUUCAAGUGAUAGAACAAAUUACCACCUCAGUGUAA